UGCUCAUUUCGCACGACAAGGCGCGUAUCUGGAUGCUCGAAGGAGGAAAAGCUGUGCUUAACGUUUUAUGCGAUUUUAUCUGCAGGUUACUUGCGAUUUGGAUACGCUCGUUUACAGCGGCAUUAAGAAGAGCAAUUUCACCUCGGCGGGAUUGAUAAAUUUGCGGGGAUUCGAGAAAGGAUACGUCUUUAAUUUCUCCGACAGAGAAGCAACCGAUUAUCCAGAUACGAACGACCUCAAAAACGCGUACCCGAUCCUGAGCAGAUUUGAAGAAACGGAACUUUUCGGCGACAUUCUAGACGAAAUCGGAUUGUCGGAUCGCGCCCACGCAGGCAUCUUGAUCGAGGUUCGUCAUUAUCCAAGUAUUCAACGACAACACGCGCAUUACUCGCCUCACGCUCACCCGCAGGGUGACAGUCGAAUCGGAAAGUCGCGGGUGCUGGACGCGUUCGCCACAAUCGCUAGCGCCCGGCAGAUAAAGGUACACAAGCUCGUCCUUCAUCCGUCGUUCGCAGAGAAACCGUACGCGGUCAUUUACAAGAUUCUCGAACAGAUCCUCGAGGCGGACGACUGCAAAACGAUGGACGAGCUCGAGAGAAACGUCAGCGAUAAACUGGGCCGCGCCAUACAGGCCGACGAUCUCUGCUACCUCAACAGGAUUCUGAGAGUGCGUUUCAAGCUCUCCAAGCAGUACAUCGGCGACUCGGACUGGAAGCGUCAUCGCAAGUCCAUCGGCAUCUUCGACAAGAUCCUGAAAAUAUACAAUGAGAAGCGCUGCAUCCUGCUCGACGACGUUCAAUACAUGGAUUACAUGUCGUGGCAGUUCUUGGCACACGCGGCGGGCAACAAGAGCCUCGUGCUCGCGAUGACGAUUCUCCAGCCGGAGUCAUGGGACGAGCUGUCGCGAGUCGAGAUCGACAUCUGCAAAGAUAAGCGCCUCACGCGACACACCUUAGCCGGCCUCGAGAGGGGAUCCCUAUCGUCUCUGGCAUGCCAAUUUUUGGAUGUGCAAGGAAUUUCGCUCGAGCUGCACGAUUUCGUGCUGAACUCGGGAGUGACGAAUCCAGGCUGGUACGAGCUGUUCCUCGCUUUGGUCGUUCUCUGCUGCGGAUUCGACUUUGUCAGCUUGACGCCGAAGGAGGCCGGCGAUAUGAACCUGAUUUUUCCCGAGGCUCUGUCGAUCACGCGGAUCUCCGCGGAUCUGCUUCCCGACGAAGCCGCGCCUCCGGUGCCCUGGAACAAGAGGGCCAGGAUUACAGUUUGUCUCGCGAACGAGAGAUUCUGGAUUGCUCAGUCGUUUGUGGAUUAUGACAUUCCAGAACUGGCGCUGGAAAUUUACGCGAGGCUAUCCGCGUACGAGCAGGACAUCGUCGAAUGCGCAAGUGUGCUGGGCAAGGUGUUCGCUCGCAGUAUGCUGGAGAUGAUAAUUCCCAAUCACCAGUCGCUAAGAACUGCCACAGCCAUAGAAAAUCUGAUACGAAUACGAAUUUUCGAAUGCGCCGCGCUGCAAAGGCGCAGCACCAAGGUCGGCGACCUCGCGGUCUGCUCCUUCAAGCCGAGGAGUACUUUCUCGGACAUGCAUCACUUGCUGCGCUGUCGUUGUCACUUGCGCUACAUUCCACCUGCGGAAGAGCACUUGUCCCGAUACGCCCACUGCCGGUUCAUGGAGUUCAAAGUGUCCAGCUUUCAGCGCGCGGUUUACGAGCAGAUUGCCGAGAGCGAGAAAAAAAAGUUCCACGCUCGGGUCGUGGAGAUCUACAGGAAAGACGCGAGGAAGUGCGCCGCGUGCGGCGGCGGCUCGUUUUUGAGGAUUCCCGGAAAGGAAAAGUCGAAAAAAAUCGUAAAGCCGUCGAUACCGAUCGUGGCGACGAGUAUUGUAGAGCCGCUUAUCGAGAAUCAGAGCCUGAAAGCUUACUCGUUAGCGAGCGAGAGCAGACCGACUGAUAUCGCGGGGAUUUCCAUUAUGCGCACUUCUUUCAAAGCCGACAACAAUCACGAGUUUCAGAAAUUGUGCGAAGUCAGGCCUGCAAAACGAAGGGGCCGAAGACAAGUUGGCAGGAACUCUCGCGUCCAUCCUCUGACGUACGAGGAUACGGAUCAGGCGUUGAACUUGAACAGUUUUGGUCACGUAGAUUUUAGGAACUGUCGCUGUCUCAGCGUGAUCGACUGUAUUUUCAUGAAGCUUCAACAGCACAUCGAGAAUAUUGAUAACAAUGACAAGAUCAUAGACUUCACCAUGGAAUACGCCGCGGCUCUCAUCGACUUCGGACAGCCGAGUUACGCGCUGAGAUUUUUAGCGAACGCCGACGAAAGAAACGAUUACCUCAACACUUACGACGCAUUGAAAAAUCCAGCGCUCUACGGAAAGAUGAUCAAGAAGAGCAUGAUCCUCUGCUUGCGAGGAAACGCAUACAUGCUUCUCGGCAACUAUCCUCAGGCCAAAACGAACUACGUCGAGGCGCUGUCCAUGUUCAAAGACAAUUUCAGCUCGACCGAGCAGUUGACGUGCUACAAAACGAUGUACGAAAAGAUGCGUCAAAACAUUCGCUGGACCUGCACGUAUCCCACCGUUAACGUCGACUGCUAUCAACGCGAAAAAGAGGCCAUAAUACGACAGAAUACAGCAGCCUGCUUGCGUUUGGUGUCGAUCAUACUGAUGAUAAGUCAUCGGCAAAAGCCGGCAAAACUCGCGGCGCUUCAGAGCAUUCUCUUCGGCUUCUCGAGCUACGAUUCGAGCAGUUUUUACGACCAAUGCCAGCUGUAUCUUUCUAUCGUGGAGAUUUACGGAAAGCUCGGGGACUUGCAGUUUCUGAGUCACGUCGAAAAGUACAUGCUCUUCGCCAUCAACCACAAUCACAAGUGGAACCACUGCGAGGACAUCGCGAUGCUGGGCCAUGUGUACUUUUCCAUGUUCAAAGUCAGCCUAUUACGAGGACACCUGGAGAGAGCUGUGCAAUUCGGAGAAAAGUCUCUUCGCAUAUCCAAGUCCUUUCACAUGAUCAGACUGGAGCUCGAGAUAUUGCCUCUGCUCAUCCAGGCUCUGAUGCGCUUGAAACGAGUUUGCGAGACGGUCGACACGCUGCAGCAACUGCGCGACACCGCGUUCGAGGACGUCGAUAAAUCAGCCUCGACCUGGUAUUAUGCCCUGUGCAUGGAUCUGCUCCUCGACGCCGGGAUCCUGGUAGAAAGCUACGAGGCGUGCGCUUGCUACGCUCGGAAAAUACUCGCGGGAAAGUCGGACGCCUGCGUUCUGCGGGACUCCCAGUGUCUGAGGCGGCUUUUGGCCGGGCUGUGGUCGUGGCAGUUGCGGAAAGGAGACCUGACUUCCACUUCGUUUGUCAUGAGCUUGGAUUUCUUUACCACGGAUCUGCGGGCCGACGAUUAUUCGAGGAUAAUAACGCUCUGCAAGAUACUCGAGUGUCAUCUGCUGCUGCUCACGCGGUGUAUCAAUAUGAAGAAGGGCAGUCAGAUGGAGGUAUUGCUGGUGGAUAUCGAAGCGCUGAUGAGGGUCUUGGACGAAGUGGCGAAGACUUCGGACUGUGUCAAGCCUCACUACUACCUGCUCAAAGCUUAUUUCAGUCUGGUUCACGCUCGCACGCUGACGUCAAAGUCCUACCUACGCAAGGCGAAGAAGAGCGCCGAGCUCGAGAAGAACCUGAUGGCGCUGGCCUGGAUAAAUCACAACAAAAACGUGAGGAUCACUUGGAAAGCUCUAAGUUACAAUAACAUGGCUCGUUACUGGGAAGAAAAUAUCGGCUAUCGGAAUGCGAUCGUUUGGCAAGACGUUGACAUGUUCGACAUUAACGACUGGUCCAACCUCCUGUAUUCUCUUCCUAUUCCUGAUUCUUACAUAUGACCUACUACGUUUCUCAAUGUAAAGGUGAUGGACGUUGUAAAUGAACUUAAUAAUCUUACUUAUUAUCGUAAUGUAACUGUAGUAAUGUAUGAUAUAAUAAAAGACAGAACAAAUUGAACAUUAUACGUUUAGGCGGUUGGAGAAAUCGGCUUUAAAAAGUACUUUCUUCACUCUGCAAAUCGUCAAUUUUUUUUUUAAAUUAAGAAAAAAACAAACACGAAUACAACUAGCACGGUACAAAAUUCAAGCAGUCUAUUACGAAUAUUUACAUAUUAAUUUCAAAUAACGAAGAAUUUCUGCCGAAGAGUCGAAUCUCCAUCUUAAUACUUAGAAAAUACUUAUUUCACUACUUUCUUAGGCGCUACGUCUUAAUCGUACAAAACCUAUCGAACGUUCGAUAAUCAUAUAUAUUUCAUAUUUUUCUUCUCUCGCAAUCCAAGAGAAACUCGAGCCAAGCAAUAUUCGAAAAGUAAAAAUCCUGCCCACAAAGAUGGAAAAUCGUAGAGCCGUUACGUAAGAUUUUUGCUUUUCCGAUCGGUAUCAGCAAAAUUUAUGUCAUUGCAAUUUCGAAAAAAAA